GAAUUGAUUAGUUUACUCUCCCGCGGAAUAAUUGUAGCAAAUGUUAGCGUCCCCCCAAAUCAUGCCGUGCUCUACAGAUUUGGUAGUGUUGAUGCUGGUCAUGUUCAGUCCGUGUGCACAGCACUCCUGGUCUUUGGAACUGAGAGAACCCGUAUCAAUGAAUGGGCUUCCGAAGCGCAGAUUGAAAAUUGGUUUUAUGCCUACCUCGACCUUCUGGCCCGAUUUCGUCUUUGGAGUGUGUCCACUAGAAUAAUCAAACAGUGUGGCAACAUUUUUGGUGGUGUUGAUACCUGGCUGUCCGGACGAUACUCACCCGGCUUUGACGGUCGACGCCGAUCAUUAGGAAGCGUCGGUGGUGCUACUGGUGCCAGUGGAAACAACCAAUCGAAGGAAGCCUUCCAGACCAGGGUACAGGCAAAGAAUUCUUCUGGUAAGCUUCCUAUUGAUGCCAGCAUUUCAUAA